AAGGAAUUCACUCCACUAUCAUUUGAAAUACAACAUCGAGAGCAACAUAGUUUUACAGUUUCAAAAUCGAACACGUUACAUCGAGAACGGGCAGGACAUUCCAAGAAAAUGGUUGGAGUACAAAAGAUUUUCACUAUGCAUAGUCCAUGCUUACAUAUGACUUUACGUUUACCAGGAAUACAGAUAACUUUAUGA